AUUUAUAUUUCCAAUUUUCAUGUUUAAUGUACUCGAACUCGAACAUCACCUUUUGUCGUCUUCCUCACUCUGAAAAAAGUAACAACGACCACCGUUGCCGCCGUAAUCACCUCCCCAAUUUGAAGAAGCUGUUAAGAUCCACCUUCAACUCCACGCUCUCCUACCGUUUUCAAGAAUCAGGUUCACGUCUUCAUCGCGUUCGCAUAAUUCGUGUACCUUCGCUUCCUCCAAUUCAAUUUCGCGUUGCAAUUUCGGUGGAAAAUUCCUCAAUUACUUCACCUGUUGCUUAAGUUUCCUGUUCCUCAGGAAUUAAACACAGUGAAUUGUUGCUCUUUUAUUUUAUUCGCCGUUGCAAGGGUUCCUGCUCAAAAUAUUGGUGCUCGAGUUUUUCUGUAACUUCAAGACGCUCGAAUCAGACAAUUGAUGAUAUUGGUAAUAUAGAUUUGUGUGAGAAUUAGGGUUUUCGGAUAGGGUUUUAUAAGGUUUAUUUGGGAAAGGUAUCAUUAGAAUGGUUUAGUUCUUUUGAAUUUGAUACAAUUGAAAUUAGGGUAUAGCUUUGAUGAUAGUAGAUUGAGGAUGGUGCGUCUUUUAGGAUUCGUUCGUGGUUAUGCAGAUGAACCCAGGGAAAUUGAGCCAAAGUCAAACCUGACCAGUGACUCUAGUGAAAAUGGAUGGCUUAUUAGGUUCUUUGAUUCGGCAUUCUUCUGUGAGUGGAUUGCUGUUAGCUACUUGUACAAGCAUGAUCAUGCCGGGGUGCGUGAUUAUCUUUGUAAUAGAAUGUACACUCUUCCCUUGCAAGGGCUUGAGAGUUAUUUGUUUCAAAUAUGUUACAUGAUGAUACACAAGCCUAGUCCAUCGUUGGAUAAGUUUGUGAUAGAUAUGUGCUCGAAGUCACUUAAGAUUGCUCUGAAGGUGCAUUGGUUCUUGAUGGCUGAGCUUGAGGACUCUGAUGAUAAUGAAGGGAUUAGUAGGAUUCAGGAGAAGUGUCAGAUUGCUGCUACCUUGAUGGGUGAAUGGCCGCCUCUCAUAAGGCCUCAAACUGAACCUCCGAGUCCUCGAGGCAAGAGUCAAGUUUUGAAUAGGUUGCUUUCGUCUAAAAAUCGUUUAUUGUCAUUAACAACCUCACCGCCAAGUCAGAAGUCUUUGUCGUUUUCACCUUCCCCAGGGAAUGAUGCGCAAGAGGAUGGAAAUCCGAUGUCUCCUGAUGAGAACAGGAUAUUUAAGAAGUUUAUGCCAAGUCCAAAGGUUAGAGAUGCUUUGCUUUUUAGAAAAUCGGCAGAUAAAGAUGACGGCGAUUCUGAAAAGGAUGGGUUUUUCAAAAGGCUUUUAAGAGAUAGCAAAGGUGAUGACGAGCUUGGCCAAAAAAUUCGUGAUGCAUUUCAUUUUCGGAAGUCGUCCGAUAAAGAUGCCUUAGACACUGAAAAAGUCAAUUUCUUCAAAAGAUUUUUAAGAGAGAGUAGGGACAGUAGAGGUGAUGAUGAAGACUCUGAAAAGGAUGGUUUCUUUCAAAGGAUCUUAAGGGACAGUAGAAGUGAAGACGAUGAUGUGACCUCAAGUUCAGAAGGAUUUUUUAAGAAGUUGUUUCGGGAUAGUAAGAAUGAUUCUGAGGACAAAAUAGAUACAAAAACAGUGGAAGAUGAAGAGAAAGAUGGAUUUUUCCGAAAGUUUUUCCGGGAGAAAUUCGAAGAUAGGAAGGAUGGGCGCGAUAGAAAUGACAACAGAGAUGUUGCUGACGAAGAGGAUGAAAAAGAAGGGUUUUUCCGUAAAUUCUUCAAGGAUAAGUUUGAGGACAAAAAAGACACAAAUGAUAAAAUUGAAGAGGUUACUGCCAAUGGUGAGGAAGAAGAGCCUUCUGAGUUUUCCUUGUUCAAAAGACUAUUCCGAGUGCACCCUGAAGACAGCAAAAGUAGUCCAGCCAAUGAAAUUAGUAAUAAUGGUGGCUUAUUUCAAAGUAGUCCUGGUACAGAAAACUUUUUUCGUAAAUUGUUCAAAGACCGUGACCGUUCAAUUGAAGAUUCGGAGCUAUUGGGAUCCAAAAGACAGAAAGAGAAGCAUCCUGGGUCCCCAAAGCAGCAAAGUGAAAAAUCAAUCACAAAGCCCCCGUUACCGAUCAAUCCAUCUCAGUUCCGGAAAGGGGCUUACCAUGACUCAUUGGAAUUUGUGCAGUCAUUAUGCGACACAUCAUAUGGGUUAGUGGAUGUGUUUCCAAUUGAAGGUCGCAAAAGUGCUCUUCAUGAGUCGCUUAGAGAGAUCAAUAUACAUGUAACAGAGGUUCAAAACACUGGAGGAGUCUGUUUUCCGCUGGGAAAGGGCAUGUAUCGUGUGCUUCAUAUACCAGUAGAUGAAGCUGUUCUCUUGAAUUCUAGGGAGAAGGCACCGUACAUGAUCUGCUUAGAAGUUUUGAGAUGUGAAAUGCCAAGUAAUUUCAAGGAGACAUCCAGUUCUCAGAAGCUUUCUCAAGGUGGAAUUCCUUUGGCAAAUGGAGAUGCUUUCUUGCAAAAACCACCCCCUUGGGCAUAUCCAUUACGGACAGCACAAGAGGUUUACCGUAAUAGCAAUGAUAGGAUGUCCAGAUCAACUGCUGAGGCAAUUGACCAGGCAAUGACUCAUGUAUCUCAGCCUAAAACAAAAUUUGUUAGCUUGAAUCUUUCGGUGGAAACAUGCUAUAAUGGUCAGGCAGGGAAGACUUAUAGAGAGGGUGUAUGUGAAGCAGUAGGAGCCAAACAUGACAGUGAUCUGGAAUGGGUACAAAUAGUAUUGACAGCUGAUCCUGGGGUUAGACUGGAAGAUAUUGAGGAUCAAGCACCACCUCGGAAGAAGGAACAUCGUCGUGUUCCAAGUACAGUGGCAAUAGAAGAAGUAAAGGCUGCCGCAGCAAAAGGGGAAGCGCCGCUCGGACUCCCUUUGAAAGGUGCUGGCCAAGACUCAUCAGAUGCACAACCGAUGGCUAAUGGAAUUACUCCUAAGGCCAGUGAUGCUUUGUCUGGUGAACUUUGGGAUGCAAAGAAAGAAAGGGUACGCAAGGAUUCGAUAUAUGGGAAGUUACCUGGUUGGGACUUGCGAUCGGUUAUUGUGAAGAGUGGAGAUGAUUGCAGGCAAGAGCAUCUGGCUGUUCAACUUAUUUCUCACUUCUAUGAUAUUUUCCAAGAAGCUGGUCUACCCCUUUGGCUUCGCCCUUAUGAAGUUUUGUGUACCUCUUCUUAUACAGCUCUCAUUGAAACAAUUCCAGAUACGGCUUCCCUUCAUUCAAUCAAAAGCAGAUAUCCCAACAUCUCAAGUUUACGUGAAUUCUUCAAUGCUAAAUAUGAAGAAAAUUCUCCAAGUUUUAAACUUGCCCAGAGGAACUUUGUUGAGAGUAUGGCGGGAUAUUCCCUGGUGUGCUACUUUCUGCAAGUAAAGGAUAGGCAUAAUGGGAACCUCCUAUUGGACGAAGAAGGUCAUAUCAUACAUAUUGAUUUUGGCUUUAUGCUUUCCAAAUCACCUGGUGGGGUUAAUUUUGAAAGUGCACCUUUUAAACUAACACGCGAGCUUCUUGAGGUUAUGGAUUCUGAUGCCGAGGGAGUGCCAAGCGAGUUCUUUGAUUAUUUUAAGGUUUUAUGCAUUCAAGGCUUCCUCACUUGCCGCAAGCAUGCUGAGCGUAUUAUUCUUCUUGUUGAGAUGUUGCAGGAUUCAGAUUUCCCAUGCUUUAAAGGUGGUAUACGGACAAUACAGAACUUACGAAAGCGAUUCCAUCUCAGUUUAACAGAAGAGCAAUGUGUCUCCUUGGUGCUUUCUCUUAUUAGCAGUAGCCUGGAUGCUUGGAGAACACGGCAGUAUGAUUAUUAUCAGAGAGUUUUGAAUGGAAUAUUGUGAGAUAAUUUGUCACUCGUGAUAACUUGGUUGUUCCAUUUUGGUCAAGCUUGCACGAUGAAUGCUCGGCAAUCAUCAUUACAUUUAUAGUGGGAGUGGUUUGUUCAAUAUGGAGUUGCUUAAGUGUUAGAGGGAGGGAAGGGUUAAUAGGUGGUCGCAUGUUGCCUCAUUUUCUCCCAGUUCAAAGAUUCUAACUUUCCUAAAAACAUAGACCAGGUUAAAUUUAGUGAAGCCCGGUCGUUUUCAUAUCCCCCUCGUUCCAUGUAGAAUGGAGCUCUGCUGCUUGGAGAAGUUGCGUUUGCCUCCUACUGCUGAUAAUGCAGUGUACAGUGAUUUUUAAUGUGACAGAUCACAUUUAAAUUGGAAGUGGAGAUGGGCACUGGGUAAACUGACUGAUUCAUCUACGGUGUGCUGAAAUUGUUGAACAGAUACCGACCAUGUACAAUUUGAAUGUCGGUAUGGAGCGAAUCAUGGGCAGACUAUCUGUGUUGGUCAACUGCCCUCUGUAAUUUAUUCUUGAUCACAGCAGUUCAGUGGUGUCUAUCUUCCCAGAGGUGUUACUUCAAUACUUUACCAUGGAGAAUUGUGACCAAAAUUCUUCAAUGAUGUGUGAUCGUAUCCUGUGUAAUUGAUCCUGUUGUUUACUUUCAUGGUGAAAACUUGUUUCACCUUCAUAUCUGUCUGUAAAAUAUUUAAGGUUUGAUGGCAUUGUUUCUGUAUCACAGUUUUACUUAUCCUGUUGGGUUGAAAAUUAUGUGCAUUGAACCAAGUCAAAUCUGGCGUUGGGGUUAAAAUAAUUUCUUGAUGUUUACAAA